CGCCGUAUCAUGGUGUGCUGCGUUCUGUUUGUCCCUGUGAGACGCCGUACUUCAGAGGUCAAUGGCGAUUUGAAACAUGGCGUUUAGAAUCACGAGAAAUAUUCCAGGGCUGCUCAGGCCGCUGACCCUGCUGAGACCUGGGUGCAGUGUCAGUCUCCCCCCUCGAGUCCCCUCCCUGACCUGCCGCUUUUCCACGCUCACGCUAGGGGCGAGGUCUCAGAGACCGGCCCUCAUUGGCCCCGCCCUCCAGGCCACCCUGCCCAAUCACAGCCUCCCUCGGUCAGGCAUUCUUUACAGUGCUGCACGCCUUUCCCCCAGCCUGCUAGCGCAGCCGGCCCGCACCCUCACCUACUACAGCUUGAAGAAGGGAAAGAGGAAGACCGUGAAGGCCGUGGUGAAGAGGUUUCUGCGGCUGCACUGCGGCCUGUGGCUCAGACGGAAGGCUGGGUACAAGAAGAAGCUGUGGAAGAAGAAGUCCGUCAGGAAGAAGAGGCUCCGGGAGCACGUGUUCUGCAACGCCACACAAUCGAGGAUGCUCAACAAAAUGACCACGUCCUUUUGGAAGAGGAGGAAUUGGUACCUUGACGAUCCCUAUCAGAAGUACCAUGACCGCACCAAUCUGAAGCUGUGAGGAACUUCGGGGGAGUGAAGGCUCCGAAUUAAACACCCAAGGAAAUGAAAACUCAGGGGGGAAUGUAUUGAUAUCAAGUAGAAUUAGGAGGGUCUCAUGUUUGACUGGGUGAACCACAGUGGAAAGUUGAAUACCUAGAACAGUGUUUCUCAAACUGGUCCUUGGGAGCUGAGAGGGAGCAAAAAUGUGGACUGUCUGGCAGGGAGCAAAAAUGUGGACUGUCUGGGGGUCCCUAAGGACUGUGAUGAGAAACACUGAUCUGGAAGAUUUGUCAUGGGGUUUUGGAAGGUCUUAAUGUCCAGCUUAUUCACCUCUGUGAAUAAAGGUCUCCCUUCUUCUCACUGUC